AUGGCAACCCCCAACGUGCCGAGAGGACAAGCUCUUCGUUUCCAGAAAAAAGGUGAUCCUGCCUUUGCCAAGGCCACCGCAGCCAAAGAUGCCGCCGCCGCCGACGCCCUUCUCUCUCGGCGAAAUGCUCUCUUCCAAGACUAUGCUAGAGCGCAUCAGAAGCCUGCUUGGUCGCCCUCCAUUUCGGCCGCUUUCCGCUUCCUCAUCAUCAUUCGUGUCUCCUCAGCAAUGUACUCGGUCAUCAAGGACUGCGACGAGACCUUCGGGUACUGGGAGCCAUUGCACCUUCUCGUCUUUCCUCGCCGCAAGCAGCACGCUUCUGUCCCAUUUCAGUCCUGGGAAUACUCGCCCCAGUUCGCCAUUCGAUCAUGGGCUUUUAUCGCUCAGUUCCUCCCUCUCACCAAGCUCCUUGCCUACUUCGGUGUAGGCAAGCGUCAGAUUUUCUUCGCCGUCCGUCUGUUGCUGGCCUUCAUCUCCUCCUUCGUCGAUGCAAGAUUCUAUAAGGCUGUUGCUGAUGUUUUCAGCGCCAGAGUUGGACGAUACUGCCUCAUGGCUCUUGCUGCAAGUGCCGGUAUCUAUGAGGCUUCUACUGCCUUGCUCCCUUCCACCUUUGUCAUGCACGCCACUACUCUCGCCUUCUCUUCCUACCUGUACCCAGCAAGACUCCCUUCCUCCGACCCCUCGGUGCUCUCCAACCCAUCUCAGCGACCGUUCAGGGCCGAGCGUCUUCUCAUAACUACUCUUUCUUUCGCAGCUGGUGCUGUUCUCGGCUGGCCAUUUGCCAUCAUCCUCGCUGCUCCCUAUCUUCUUGAACAGCUCUUCUUCCGUGGAGACGACAUCAUCGCCAACAACAAGUACUCCAACUGGAUUCUGGCCAGAUGGUCCACGGCUAUCGGUGCUGCCGUCCUCUCGGCAUUCCUUGUCCUGCCCGUUCUUGCUGUCGACACUCUUGCCUACGGCAAGCUCUCCUUCGUACCCCUCAACACCGUUCUCUAUAAUCUCUUCUCACGCAGCAGAGGCGCUGGCCCCGAGCUGUACGGAACUGAGCCAUGGACUUUCUACUUUUCCAACUUGCUCCUUAACUUCAAUGUCUUGUUCCCUCUGGCACUCUUGUCUUUGCCUCUGCUUUUUGUCACUGCUCGCUUUGACCCAAGGCGCUUCCAGCGACCCGCUCUCGAGGCAUCAGCCAAGAAGGGACAUGUUUCAGUCGAGCAGCCUUCGAGCCUCUUCACGCUUGCCCUCUUCCGCAUCGCACCCUUCUACCUCUGGUUCGUCGUCCUCAGCCUUCAGGCACAUAAGGAGGAGCGCUUCAUGUAUCCUGCAUACACCCUUCUUUGCAUGAAUGCUGCGGUCUCGCUCUACCUCAUCCGUACACUCGCCGAGGUCACUUUUGUCAAGGUCACCAAGUCGCCCUACCGCGCAUCCAAGUCGAGUCUCUUCACCACCAUCACCUCCUCGGUGCUCGCUCUCAGUGUCGUCCUUGGCGUUCUGCGAUGCGUAGGUCAGCUCAAUAACUACCAUGCACCCUUUGACGUACUCUUCCAUUUCGAAGGCUAUGAGCUUCCGCGUGUGGUGGCGGAUCUUUUCCCUGAGACUCUCAGUCCUGUCAUCCAGCAACGCAUCGCUCGCGGUCUCUCGCCUGUCGCCACUGAACAGGAGAAGGACUACAAUGACCGCGGUCUGGGCGAGGAAAACAAAGGAAACAGUGUCGACCUCACCAUCAGCCUCGAGCCCCUCAAAAGCCUCGAAAAACCUAUCCGACUUUGCUACGGAAAAGAAUGGCAUCGUUUCCCUACCCACUUCCUUGUCCCAGCCGAUGUUGAGGUAGAAUGGAUCAAGAGCCAGUUCACCGGUAUCCUUCCUAAGCAUUUCGAUGUGGAUGCAUCCUCGACUAUCCAAGAACCCGACCUUGUCACUCGUACUCUCGAUGCAACACCCGCUUGGGCUUGGCCUUGGUCUUCUGUCACUCGUCGCGUACAAAGUGGCUUCAACGAUCUUAACAAGGAGGAGUUUGAUCGUUACGUACAUGUCUCUUCCUGCGACUAUCUAGUUGACCUUGAUUUGCCUCACCGCAGUCUUGCUAGUGGCUUCAAGGAAUCCAUUAACGAACCUCGUUACGCCACAAAGUCCCAUCACUGGGACCGAGUCUUCUGCGGUGCUUUCCUGGACGCCGAGUUCAGUCGUCCUGUUGCUGAUCCUCGUGACUCGCUCUUCACGAAAGCCGUGCAGAAGGUCGUAGCGGCUCUCCACCGCGCUUUCUGGUUGCCAAAAUCCUGGCCAGGAAACGCCAACGUUUAUGGAGACUACUGCAUCCUCCGUAAUCGAGACAGCACAUUCCAACCUGCUGCUAUCAAGACACAGACGCCUCGAGCAUGA